UGAAUGAGUUUUCCAUUAGCAAAUACACUUUCAUUCUCACUCCCUCGUACGGUUCCCACUCACAGCUCACAGCUUCCAGUUUCGCUCUCUGAUUUGCCAACUCCAUCACCACGAUUUCUCCUUUUACAAGUUCCGGAGCUCAGCUGAAACCAAACCCGACCCGAAUUGGUAGCUGCCUGAGUCAGUCAUUGUGAACACCAAACUAGCUUUGCUUCUUCUUCUUCUCGAGGAAAUGGGUAAAUCAACAUCCUCUCUUGUUUCUGUAUACAGUCGUUUGAUUAUUAGAGGAAGCCUUCCAUUUCAUGCUUUUACUUAUUCUACUAAUAAUAUUAGCAGUAGAAGAGAAAAUGCAAAAAUCCCUAAUCAGAAUCGGAAUCAGUUUUUGAAAUCUGUGAGAGAUCACUGCAAAUGUAGAACCUUUAAGAAUCUUGAUCAUGCCUUAGACCUGUUUGAUAAAAUGCUUCACAUGCACCCUUUGCCUUCCAUUGUCGAUUUUACUCAAUUGUUGGGUGCCAUUGCAAGAAUGAAGCAUUACUCCAUAGUCAGUACUCUAAUUAGAGAUAUGGGCUCCUUUGGAAUUACUCCCAAUGUUUGUACUCUCAAUGUUUUGAUUAAUUGUUACUGCCAUUUGAACCGGGUCGAUUUUGGGUUCUCUGUCUUAGCAACAAUUUUGAAACUUGGUUAUCAACCAGACCAUGUAACCCUAAACACUCUUCUUAAAGGUCUCUGUCUUCAAGGUAAUGUUUCUGGAGCUGUGAGGUUGGUAGAAGAAAUGGAGAACAAAGGGUAUCAACCUGAUGUGAUUACUGUUGGGACAAUAGUAAACGGUCUGUGUAAGAUUGGGGAGACUGGUGCAGCUAUUAGGUUGCUAAGGACAGUAGAAAAACGGAAUUUUGAAUCUAAUGUGGUGCUGUAUAGCACGAUCAUUGACAGUUUAUGUAAGGACAAAUUGGUAACUGAGGCUUCAAACCUUUUGUCUGAAAUGAUGAGUAAAGGCAUUCAGCCAAACAUUGUCACUUACAAUUGCUUAAUUCAAGGACUAUGCAAUUUUGGCCGGUGGAGGGAGGCUGCCACUUUGUUGAAUGAGAUGAUGCAAAGGAAGACCAUUCCAGAUGUGUACACCUUUAACAUUUUGGUGGACACACUUUGCAAGGAAGGGAUGUUGACAAAGGCAAAAGAAGUUUUUACUGAAAUGGUUCAAAGAGGCAUUGAGCCUAAUUCCGUCACCUAUAACUCUUUGAUUGACGGUUACUGUUUGCAAAACAAAAUGGAUGAUGCUAUCAAAGCAUUUAAUACGAUGGUUGAGAGGGGUUGUUUGCCUGAUGUGUUUAGCUAUAGCAUAUUGAUAAAUGGAUAUUGCAAAAGUAAAAAAAUUGAUGAGGCAAUGCGUCUCUUUCAUGAAAUGUCCAACAAAGGAAUGAUUCCUGAUGUUGUGACUUACAACACUCUUAUGGGUGGCUUUUGCCAAGUAAAGAGACCCCAAGCUGCGCUUGAGCUAUUCCAUAACAUGCAAGCUUUUGGCCAACAUCCAAAUCCCCAGACCUAUGCCAUCUUGUUAGAUGGCCUUCUUAAGAAUAAACAAAUCGCUAAGGCAAUGGCAUUGUUUCAAGAGAUUGAUGACAAAAGGCUGAGCCAUAAUGCUUUGAUUUAUUACAACAUCUUGAUUGACGGUUUCUGUAAUAUCAGGAAGCUUACAAUUGCUAGAGAACUCUUUUAUAGUCUCCCUACCAAAGGAUUGCAGCCUGAUGUUCCAACUUACAAUAUUAUGAUCAAGGGGCUUUGCCAAGAGGGACUACUAGAUGAAGCAUGUGAGUUGGUUGAGAAAAUGGAUGGGAAUGGGUGCUCUCCCAACGAUCGCACAUAUAACAGAAUUAUCCAAGGGUUACUGCGACAUAAUGAGACAUCAAAGGCGACGAAAUAUCUCCACAUAAUGGUUGACAAGGGAUUUUCAGCAGAUGCAACCACUGCAAGCAUAGUAUUUGACAUGCUGUCAUCUAAUCAAGUAGAUAAGAACAUUCUAGAAUUUUUUCAUGUCUCCCUCCCUCCCAAUAGAUAAAGCCAUCUCUAUAAUGGAGUAAGUUUAUUGUUUUACUUUUUACUGUAAUCAUAUUGACAUAUUGAUAAUGAUUAAGGACAGGGUAUAUUUGUUUCAA